AGUUCGACAAAACGGAUAUGUUUUCGCAUAGCACUCAAGUUUCAAGACUCUUUUCGCGAGAUCCAAACAAACAAUUAGCUAUUAAGAUUUGAAGCAUUUCGAGCAACAAUUACAUUACCAACUUACUUAAGCAUAAUGUGAAAAUAUUUUGAAGCACUCCGCUCGUGUUUUCCUUGUUCGAAAUGCAUGAAUGGGGAUUUGAAGAUCUAAGGCAGAUAAGAUUCAAUUUUAGCCAGAGACGUGGAACAAAUUGAACUUUCAACAUCUUAAAGUGAAUUAAAUUUUCAUGGGGUCACUCGAAUUAUAUACUAAAAGGUUUAAUUACCAUCCAUUGUUCUUAAGAACAAACUUCAUUCUUUAUGCCGGCAACUAUUUAAUUACGAACUUUAUAUCGCUGAAAAGUGUUAAAUAUUGACAGACGGAAGAGUAUAAUAAAAACGUUGAAUUAACGAAUAAUGUUUUUAAGGGAUCCACCACAUCAAAAUAUAAUUUUAAUUGGCCGCAACAAACCAAAUUUUUAACCGAGUUUUUAACUUAAUGCCCCGAUUUUAAAUGUUGGUCGGCUAGAGUGAUUUUUGGGCUCACCUCAAGAUCCCAAGCUCAAAGUCUACGCCCCUGUCUCUAUAGCUUCAAAUUAAUUAUAUUUAUUGUUUCAUUUUUUCUCUGAACACAAAACAAAUGUGCGUUUUCUCGGCGUGUUUUGGUAGCAUCCAUGUUAUGCCACAAGGUAAUUAUUUCGUACACUAAACAGCAUUUUGUUUAGGGCAUUUCGUUGCUGUCGCUGGUGCUUUUGAACCGCAGGGCACUUUGUGUGUAUUUUUUGGAGCUGAAACCAGAGGCUGGUGCUGCUAUCAGGCCGCUCUGUCAUUUUUAUGAUUGUUAAUGUCUCGGUCAACGCUUUUAAGUCAAGUUCUGAGCCCCGUCCCAAUCCCGUCCCCAUCCUCCGCGAUCGUCUGUGGCUUGUUGUUGCCUUUAAUGGAAAGAAAUGAGUUUGAGAGCCAGCGGACGAAGCAGUUGGAGUUGCGAGAAGGGGAUCCGGCCUGUGAAUUCAUAUAGUUUGUGGCGGGCAUUAAAAACGAUCGACACAUUUGCCUGUCGGAUGAGAACGCGUUCAGAAGUUCGUCGGGUAUGAGCUUGCGAAAGUAUAUCCGAAUGGAUUAGAACUCAAAUUUAAUCUCUAGAAUUUCGAUCAAAUAAAUAAAUCCGAUAUGGCUAGCAUUACCUACGCAUUGUGUCUGUGCUCGUUGUUUAUAUUAUUCUCGCCCCUUGUGUCCUCGAAUCGGCGUGUCCGGCGACAAAAUCGAUCCGAUCGCCUGUUGGCUGACAUCGGAGUACGUGCCCAGUCCUACGAUCCCCGUGUGCCGGAAAAUGGCAUCCAGCAGUACACCGACAUCGACCAGGAUCUGCGCCAUCUGUUUCUCAACACCAGGCAGACCACGCUAAGAUGGGCCCUCAACAACAUCGAUGCGCUGAGCAGCCGCGGCAGACGCGAGGGAAAGCUCCAGGUUCCGGUGUCCAAGAAGGUGCCCUUCCCGUGUCCCACGAACGACACACGCUCCCCCAGUCCGCCCACAUCCAUAGAGCACCUCAGGCCGGGUGAUAUUGACAUCAUAGCUGCCUUCGGUGACUCCCUGUCCGCAGGCAACGGAAUACUGUCCAACAAUGCCAUCGAUAUGAUCAACGAGUUCCGCGGCCUGACCUUCUCCGGUGGCGGUCUGGCCAACUGGCGAAGAUUCGUCACCCUGCCGAACAUCUUGAAGAUUUUCAAUCCCAAGCUGUACGGCUUUGCGGUGAGCAACAGCCUGGUGAUCAACCACCGAUCCUCGCGACUGAACAUCGCCGAGCCGAUGAUCAUGUCGCGGGAUCUGCCCUUCCAGGCUCGCGUGCUCAUCGAUCUGCUGCGACGAGAUCGCCAUGUGGACAUGAAGCGGCACUGGAAGCUGCUGACGGUGUAUGUUGGAAACAACGACAUCUGCUCCGACUUGUGCCACUGGGACACGCCGCAGAGCUUCCUUGACCAGCACGCCCGAGAUCUGCGCCAGGCAUUCCGGCUGCUGCGCGACCAUGUGCCGCGCCUGCUGAUCAACCUGAUUGUUGUGCCAAACAUCCCGCUGGUAUUGAGCACCAUGACCCAGGUGCCGCUGCAGUGCUUCGUCGUGCAUCGUGUGGGGUGCCACUGCCUGAUCAACGACCGCCUCAAUCGCACCGAGUUCAAUGAGCGCAUGGACACCCUGACGCGUUGGCAGCAGCUGGACAUGGAGAUCGCCCGGCUGCCGGAGUUCCAUCGCCAGGACUUUGCCAUCGUCGCGCAUCCGAUGCUGACCAAGGUGACCGCACCCACGCUGCCCGAUGGGAGCACUGAUUGGCGGUUCUUCUCCCACGACUGCUUCCACUUUAGCCAGCGCGGCCACGCGAUCAUCUCGAACCUGUUGUGGAACAGCAUGCUCCUGCCGGACGACCAGAAGCCACGACCUUCGGUGGUGCCCAAACUGUUCGAGCGGGUCGUUUGCCCCACUGCGGAGCAGCCCUAUUUUGUGGUCAGGCCAAGUUGAGGGUCUCCCAAGAUCGGGAACGGGUUAAGUUACUUGAUUUGACUGUCUGGUGACCCCUUUUCUUGGCGUAACCGCAGUCUGGUGUGCACAGAGAAAAAUUGCUUUUUAUUCGCAUAUCAAAUUAUAGCAGUCUAGGUACUUUACAUAAUUCAUAAUAAAUUAUUAUUAUUUAUAACCAUAAUAUACAAACUGUGCCUCUUCCACUUCCGCAAAUCUCUCGCGGAAUGCAUUGAAUAGUGCAAAGGAAAACCGAAGGAUUUUGUUUACGACAUUGCAAAUAAAUAAAAAUAUAUUUGUCAAGCUGUCAAAAACCUAUAAAGAUUAAAUUAUGAAUUAAUUUAGGAGGCAUUAAAUGUAUUUUAUUUUACUGACAAAGGGGUUUACCUUCCGUAUGCGUUCAGUUUCCCCAACUCUUUCUUCAUGCCAUUUACCCAAACCCAUUUCCAUUUCAAUUAAAGUAUUAUGCAAUUUUUAAUUUAUAUUUUUAAUUAAUUAAAAACACAUCCCCAUCCGGAAUAAAAAUUCAUUAAAACAUUUCUUGCUUAUGCGGCAGAAAAAAUGCUCCGGCUUACAGUGAACACCAUCCUUGAUGUACCCCCUCCCCCCUCGCUCUUCUCAACACGUGACAACGUCGCCUGCUCAUUACCUGCCUCCUUCCAGUCCCGGGCCCUGCCACGCCCACUUUCCCCAAACGCAGAAAUUAAAAUAUAAAAUAUAAAUAACAGCAAAAAUAAAGUUGCAGUGGGGUAGCUCGACUAUGGGAUACCGUCUGCUUUCUAUAUUUAA